AUGAAAAAAAGAAAGAUCAGUUUAGAUAGAUCUCCUAUAUUUGCGUUAGAUCAGUUGAAGCAAGCUGGCGUACCAUUUGAGAAACAGCUAUCGCCAUAUUUACAGAUGAAUCCUACCGUUUUCCGGGAAUCUACUCCUCAACGUAUUUUCAUGUAUAUUGUUCCUGCUGAGACGAAAGGAGAAUUAGAAUUUGCAAUGGGACGGAAUGGAUGGGUUGUUUUGGGCGGCUAUGCAUUGGGCAGUGUGCGCGGUAUUCUGCCAGAAUUGCGGAAUCCUAAUACGAGGCAGUUACCUCUUAAACCGUUUAUGACGCGUUUGAUGAAUUCCUCAGUGAAGCACGGCAGUGGUUUUGCUCAUCUGCUGGUUCUAUCGUAUUCAUAUUCUCUCUUGCUGAUAUGA